AUGGAGGUUGGAGAUGGCAGUCGAUGGCAUCACUUGAUCUUCUGCGAGGAGCUGCAAAACAAUGGUGAGGAGAAUCAUGUUCUUUGCAUUGUUUGCAGGAAAUCAGUAUUGGGAUGUCCUGCCUAUAAAUGCUUGGAAUGCGACUUCAUCCAACAUAAAUCGUGCAUCGAGCCAACACACGCAAUAGAGAUGCAGGUCGACCAUGAUUUGCAGGAAAGACAUCACAUGAUGUUUAUAGAAGAGGUGGACGACAAUAGUGGCAACGAGAAAGUUGUUUGCUCAGGAUGCGAGGAAGCACUUUUUGGUCCCGCUUACAAAUGCUCCGUGCCCAAAUGCACAUUCCUCCUUCACAAUUCGUGCACCAAGCUAUCCCACGUGAUACAACACCCCAUGCACCUAGAACACACCCUUUUUCUCCGACUGCCAUCACGGGGUAAUCGUUGUGAUGUUUGCCGUCAAAUUUGCAACGGAUCCUUCUACUACCGUUGUUACCUUUGCGAUUUUGACAUCCACAUCAAAUGUGCUCCCCUUUGGAGAAUUAAUGCCGACGAUUGCCACCAACACGCACUUUUGCCCACGCGAAAGCAAAUUCAAUUCACUUGUGAAGCCUGUGUUGAGGAAAGCAAAGGUAUUGCGUACCAAUGUAGCCUCUGUGGAGUCUUUACUCAUCUCAAGUGUGCUCGAUUUCCACACACCAUCAAAACUAGGACACAUGAUCACUCCCUCACUCGCAUCUAUUCUCUUCAUCAAGUCAAGAAGGAGGACAUCGUAUUUUGUAAACUGUGUUAUAGAAAGAUUUAUACAGAGUAUGCAGCUUAUUCUUGUUGGCAAUGUGGUUACAUUGCUCACUUGGAUUGUGCAUAUAGGCUUGAAGACAACUCUAGUACUUCGACCAUUGAGCCAGUAGUUAGUAAUUAUGUUGGCUAUGAAUCUCAUUUGGUUCAUUUGGUGGAGGGGGUCAAUCUAAAAGAGGGUGAAAGAGCUGGUCCUCGAGAGAUCAAACAUUUCAGUCACCCACAACAUAACUUAGUCCUCAACAAUGAAAAGCUCAUGGAUGACAUGCGUUGUGAGAAUGCAACUUCUUUGUUCAUAACAAAUGUACUAAACUACCCACAACCAUUAAGCGAGGACUAUUUCACAAACAUUCGCUCACCCUCCUCUCACAAGAACCGUCCAUGGGUGGAUUGUUUGAGUGCUAUGCAUGUGGACGUUAUCACCAUGGCUUCAGGUACAUAUGUGGCGAGUGUCGUUAUUACAAAUUAG